AUGAGUACGAACACUGAAGUCGGCGCAACGCCGCACGAUCCUCCGCACCAUGAACGGCAGCACCUUGAAUCUUCAGACGUCACCCUCAACUCAGAAUCUCGAUCACUCGAAGGCCUUCAUGGAAUGAGCAUGGAGGACCUGGAAGACCUCGACGCGGAAAAGAAUGCUGGAGCCCCGGUCGACUCCCCGCCGGCACCGCCCAAAGAUCCCAACAUCGUCGAGUGGGAUGGACCCGACGACCCCGAGCACCCACAGAAUAUGCCAACAUGGAGGAAAUGGCUCAUCACCAUGACACUUUCGUCCCUCACUAUGUGGAUAACAUUCAGCAGCAGCGUGUUUUCCACGGCCACAAGGGUCACCGCGGAGGAGUUCGACGUCUCGACUGAAGUUAUGACCCUUGCAACGAGCUUGGUGGUGUUCGGGUUUGCACUUGGGCCGCUGGUCUGGUCACCAAUGUCUGAGCUGUACGGUCGUAAAAUACCCUUGUUCUUUGGCUAUGCCGUCUUCUCGAUCUUCCAGAUCCCCGUCGCCGUGGCGCAAAACCUCCAAACUAUCAUGAUCUGCCGCUUCUUGCUCGGUGUCUUUGGCUGCUCGCCUCUGGCCGUCGUGGGCGGUGCUAUGGCAGACUUCUGGGACCCUAUCGAUCGUGCUGUGGCUAUUUCCAUGUUCUCUGCUGCUACUUUUGUUGGUCCGGUACUGGGUCCCAUUGUUGGUGGCUUCAUCACGGAUUCGUACCUCGGCUGGCGAUGGACGGCAUGGAUCACUCUUAUUGCGUCCGCCACGUUCGGUUCCAUUGCUCUGUUCAUCGUCCCGGAGACGUAUGGGCCGGUGCUUCUCCAGAGACGUGCCGCUCGCCUGCGUCGCGAGACCGGCAACUGGGCGCUGCAUUCGUUCCUCGACGAACAUCGUCCCACCGCCUCUGAGAUUGUACGGAAGUAUCUCCUGCGUCCGGUCCAAAUGCUGUUCCUGGAGCCGAUCCUCCUCCUCAUCACGAUCUACCUCGCCUUGAUCUACGGAAUCCUCUACCUCUUCUUCGAAGCGUACCCGAUUUCCUUCACAGAAGUCCGCGGCUGGACAAACGGGGGCAUCGCCGGUCUGCCUUUCCUCGGAAUCAUGAUCGGAGUCCUCUGCGGCGUCGCCUUGAUCAUCUGGCAGACCAAGACGCGGUUCGCGCGCAAGCUCGCCAAACACGGCCGCGUGGUGCCGGAGGAGCGCCUCAUCCCCAUGAUCCCGGCGUCUAUCCUGCUGCCGGUGGGUCUGUUCUGGUUCGGCUGGACCUCUGACCGCAACAUCUCGUGGGUGCCGCAGGUGAUUGCCGGAGUGCCCAUCGGCAUGGGUAUCCUGGUCAUUUUCAUGCAGGGCCUGAACUACAUCAUCGACGUGUACAUGAUGUUCGCCAACUCGGCCAUUGCGGCGAACACGUUGGUUCGGAGCGGCCUCGGUGGCGCGUUCCCGCUCUUCGCUGUGCAAAUGUAUCACAAGCUCGGGGUGGACUGGGCGUCGUCAUUGCUGGGAUUCUUGACUGUUGCGAUGAUCCCGAUUCCGAUAGUGUUCUUCUUCUACGGAAAGAAGAUCCGGGCGAUGAGCAAGUUCACGCCGAAGCUAUGA